CAGCAGCCCAGUCCCCACGGCGAGGGCACAGAGGACACAGGCGAGGGCAGUGGGUGGGGAGCAGGAGCCGGGCUGCCGGGGAACAUGGAGCCGCCCUCCCCACAGGACGACAGUCUGAGGAAGAAACAGCCCAAGAAGCCUGUCCCCGAGAUUCUGCCGCGGCCACCCCGGGCCUUGCUGUGCCUGACGCUCCAGAACCCGCUGAGGAAAGCCUGCAUCAGCAUCGUGGAAUGGAAACCCUUCGAGACAAUCAUCUUACUGACCAUCUUUGCCAACUGCGUGGCCCUGGCCGUGUACCUGCCCAUGCCAGAGGACGACAACAAUGCUCUGAACGUCGGCCUGGAGAAACUGGAGUAUUUCUUCCUCAUCGUCUUCUCCAUUGAAGCUGCCAUGAAGAUCAUUGCCUAUGGCUUCCUGUUCCACCAGGACGCCUACCUGCGCAGCGGCUGGAACGUGCUGGACUUCAUCAUCGUCUUCCUGGGGGUCUUCACGGUGAUUCUGGAGCAGGUGAACAUCAUCCAAAGCCACACGGCCCCGAUGAGCAGCAAAGGCGCCGGCCUGGACGUGAAGGCGCUGAGAGCCUUCCGCGUGCUCCGACCCCUCCGGCUGGUGUCGGGGGUGCCCAGCCUGCAGGUGGUCCUCAACUCCAUCUUCAAGGCCAUGCUCCCGCUGCUCCACAUCGGCCUGCUGGUCCUCUUCAUGGUCACCAUCUACGCCAUCAUCGGGCUGGAGCUCUUUAAGGGCAAGAUGCACAAGACCUGCUACUUCAUUGGGACAGACAUCGUGGCCACCGUGGACAACGAGAAGCCGUCCCCCUGUGCCAGGACGGGCUCGGGCCGCCCGUGCACCAUCAACGGCAGCGAGUGCCGGGGCGGCUGGCCGGGGCCCAACGACGGCGUCACCCACUUUGACAACUUCGGCUUCUCCAUGCUGACCGUGUACCAGUGCAUCACGAUGGAGGGCUGGACCGAUGUGCUGUACUGGGUCAACGAUGCCAUCGGGAAUGAAUGGCCCUGGAUCUACUUUGUCACCCUCAUUCUGCUGGGGUCCUUCUUCAUUCUCAACCUGGUGCUGGGGGUCCUGAGCGGGGAGUUCACCAAGGAGCGGGAGAAGGCCAAGUCCCGGGGAACCUUCCAGAAGCUCCGGGAGAAGCAGCAGCUGGACGAGGACCUCCGGGGCUAUAUGAGCUGGAUCACCCAGGGAGAGGUCAUGGACGUUGACGAUCUGCGAGAAGGAAAGCUGUCUUUGGACGAAGGUGGCUCUGACACGGAGAGUCUGUAUGAGAUCGAGGGUUUGAACAAAAUCAUCCAGUUCGUCCGCCACUGGAGGCAGUGGAACCGUAUCUUUCGCUGGAAGUGCCACGACGUGGUCAAGACCAAAACCUUCUACUGGCUGGUGAUACUGAUCGUGGCCCUCAACACACUGUCCAUCGCCUCUGAGCACCACAACCAGCCUCUCUGGUUGACCCAUUUGCAAGACAUUGCCAACCAGGUGCUGCUGGCCCUCUUCACCAUCGAGAUGCUGAUGAAGAUGUACGGGCUGGGCCUGCGCCAGUACUUCAUGUCCAUCUUCAACCGCUUCGACUGCUUCGUGGUGUGCAGUGGCCUCCUGGAGGUCCUGCUCGUGGCCUCGGGCGCCAUGAGCCCCCUGGGCAUCUCCGUGCUGCGCUGCAUCCGCCUCCUCAGGAUCUUCAAGGUCACCAAGUACUGGACAUCGCUGAGCAACCUGGUGGCGUCCCUGCUCAACUCCAUCCGCUCCAUCGCGUCGCUGCUGCUGCUGCUCUUCCUCUUCAUCGUCAUCUUCGCCCUGCUGGGCAUGCAGCUCUUCGGGGGCAGGUACGACUUCGAGGACACAGAGGUGCCGCGCAGCAACUUCGACAACUUCCCGCAGGCGCUCAUCAGCGUCUUCCAGGUCCUGACAGGGGAAGACUGGAACUCCGUGAUGUACAAUGGAAUCAUGGCCUACGGGGGGCCGUCCUACCCCGGCAUGCUUGUGUGCAUUUAUUUCAUCAUCCUUUUCGUCUGUGGCAACUACAUCCUGCUCAACGUCUUCCUGGCCAUUGCCGUGGACAACCUGGCCGAGGCGGAGAGCCUGACCUCUGCCCAGAAGGCCAAGGCUGAGGAGAGAAAACGCCGGAAGAUGUCCAGGGGUCUCCCGGAGAAGCCUGAGGAGGAGAAGUCAGUGGUCAAGAAGCUGGAACAGAAGCCCAAGGGCGAGGGCAUCCCCACCACGGCCAAGCUGAAAAUCGAUGAGUUUGAGUCUAACGUCAACGAGGUGAAGGACCCCUACCCCUCGGCUGACUUCCCAGGGGAUGAUGAAGAAGAUGAGCCCGAGAUCCCAGUGAGCCCCCGACCACGGCCCCUGGCUGAGCUGCAGCUGAAAGAGAAGGCAGUGCCUAUUCCAGAAGCCAGCUCCUUCUUCAUCUUCAGCCCCACCAACAAGGUCCGCGUCCUGUGUCAUCGUAUCGUAAACGCCACUUGGUUCACCAACUUCAUUCUGCUCUUCAUCAUGCUCAGCAGUGCCGCGCUGGCCGCCGAGGACCCCAUCCAGGCUGAGUCCAUGAGGAAUCAGAUCCUCGGGUAUUUUGACAUUGCAUUCACCUCUGUCUUCACUGUGGAGAUUGUCCUCAAGAUGACUACCUACGGUGCCUUCCUGCACAAAGGCUCCUUCUGCCGCAACUACUUCAACAUCCUGGACCUGCUGGUGGUGGCCGUGUCCCUCAUCUCCAUGGGACUUCCGUCCAGCUCCAUAUCGGUGGUGAAGAUUCUGAGGGUCCUGAGGGUGCUGCGACCCCUGCGAGCUAUUAACAGAGCUAAAGGGCUGAAGCACGUGGUGCAGUGCGUGUUCGUGGCCAUCCGCACCAUCGGGAACAUUGUACUGGUCACCACCCUCCUGCAGUUCAUGUUUGCCUGCAUCGGGGUCCAACUGUUCAAGGGGAAGUUCUUCAGCUGCAAUGACUUGUCCAAGAUGACAGAGGAGGAGUGCAGGGGCUAUUACUACGUGUACAAGGAUGGGGACCCCACGCAGAUAGAGCUGCACCCCCGCGAGUGGAUACACAACGAAUUCCACUUUGACAACGUGCUGUCGGCCAUGAUGUCCCUGUUCACAGUGUCCACCUUCGAGGGGUGGCCGCAGCUACUGUUCAAGGCCAUCGACUCAAACAAGGACGACACGGGCCCCGUGUACAACAACCGCGUGGAGAUGGCCAUCUUCUUCAUCGUCUACAUCAUCCUCAUCGCUUUCUUCAUGAUGAAUAUCUUCGUGGGCUUUGUCAUUGUCACCUUCCAGGAGCAGGGGGAGACGGAGUACAAGAACUGUGAGCUGGACAAAAACCAGCGCCAGUGUGUGCAGUACGCCCUGAAGGCCCGCCCCCUGAGGUGCUACAUCCCCAAGAACCCGUACCAGUACCAGGUGUGGUACUUGGUCACCUCGUCCUACUUUGAGUACCUGAUGUUUGCCCUCAUCAUGCUCAACACCAUCUGCCUGGGCAUGCAGCACUACAACCAGUCCGAGCAGAUGAACCACAUCUCGGACAUUCUCAACGUGGCUUUCACCAUCAUCUUCACCCUGGAGAUGGUGCUCAAGCUCAUGGCGUUCAAAGCCAGGGGCUAUUUUGGGGACCCCUGGAAUGUGUUCGACUUCCUGAUUGUCAUCGGCAGCAUCAUUGACGUCAUCCUCAGUGAGAUUGACACUUUCCUGGCCUCCAGCGGGGGACUCUAUUGCCUGGGUGGAGGCUGCGGGACCGUUGACCCGGACGAAAGCGCCCGUAUCUCCAGCGCCUUCUUCCGCCUGUUCCGGGUCAUGAGGCUGAUCAAGCUGCUGAACCGGGCAGAGGGCGUGCGGACCCUGCUGUGGACCUUCAUCAAGUCCUUCCAGGCCCUGCCCUACGUGGCCCUGCUUAUCGUCAUGCUUUUCUUCAUCUACGCGGUCAUCGGCAUGCAGAUGUUUGGGAAGAUCGCCUUGGUGGACGGGACCCAAAUAAACCGGAACAACAACUUCCAGACCUUCCCACAGGCUGUGCUGCUGCUCUUCAGGUGUGCGACAGGGGAGGCGUGGCAGGAGAUCCUGCUGGCCUGCAGCCCUGGCAAGCUGUGCGACCCCGCGUCGGACUACGCACCUGGCGAGGAGUACUCCUGCGGCACGAACUUUGCCUACUACUAUUUUAUCAGCUUCUACAUGCUGUGUGCCUUCCUGAUCAUCAACCUCUUCGUGGCGGUCAUCAUGGACAACUUUGACUACCUCACGCGGGACUGGUCCAUCCUGGGUCCUCAUCACCUGGAUGAGUUCAAGGCCAUUUGGGCAGAGUACGACCCGGAGGCUAAGGGCAGAAUCAAACAUUUGGAUGUGGUGACCCUGCUCAGAAGGAUCCAGCCCCCUCUGGGCUUCGGGAAGUUCUGCCCGCACCGGGUGGCAUGUAAGCGACUUGUGGGCAUGAACAUGCCCCUGAACAGUGACGGCACGGUCACCUUCAACGCCACUCUCUUCGCCCUGGUCCGCACGGCCCUCAAGAUCAAGACCGAAGGUAACUUUGAGCAGGCCAACGAGGAGCUGAGGGCCAUCAUCAAGAAGAUCUGGAAGAGAACCAGCAUGAAGCUCCUGGACCAGGUCAUUCCUCCAAUAGGAGAUGACGAGGUGACGGUGGGCAAGUUCUAUGCCACAUUCCUCAUCCAGGAGCACUUCCGGAAGUUCAUGAAACGGCAGGAGGAGUAUUACGGGUAUAGGCCCAAGAAGGACGCCGUGCAGAUCCAGGCUGGACUGCGGGCCAUUGAGGAGGAGGCCGCUCCUGAGAUCCGCCGAACCAUCUCAGGAGACCUGACAGCUGAAGAGGAGCUGGAGAGAGCCAUGGUGGAGGCUGCGAUGGAAGAAGGGAUAUUCCGGAGGACGGGAGGCCUGUUUGGCCAGGUGGACAACUUCCUGGACAGGGCCAACUCCCUGGCCCCCGUCAUGGCCAACCAGAGACCCCUCCAGUUUGCUGAGAUAGAGAUGGAGGAGCUGGAAUCACCUGUCUUCUUGGAGGAUUUCCCUCAGGAGCCGGGAGCCAACCCCCUGGCUCGAGCCAAUACCAACAACGCUAACGCCAACGCGGCCCGUGGCAGCAGCAGCCAUAGUGACAGCCAGGUGUUUUCCAGCAUCCACUAUGACAGGGAGUCCCCUGGGGAGAUAGAGACGCCCGCUGCCAGAGGAGGAGCCCUGGAUCCGUCUGUUCUGUGCACCCCAGAAGGACCCCUCAGCAAAUCCCACAUGGCAAAGCGAAGAGGACAGCUGACCCAGAGGUUGACACCCACAGCCCAGGCACUGCCUGCCCGCUGCCAGCCCCCCAUGCCUGAGGCGAGGAGAAGCCCCAUGCCAGGGUCUCUGCCUGAGGAAACCCCCCACAGCAGUAGGACCCAGGAGAGUCCAUCCAGGUGCCUGGCGCCAGCUACAGCCCGGCUGGUCCAAGAGGCUCUGCUUCGAGGAGGCUUGGACACAUUGGCGGCUGAUGCUGGCUUUGUCAUGGCAACAGGCCACGCCCUGGCAGACGCCUGCGGGAUGGAACCAGAGGAAGUGGAGGUGGCAGCCACCGAGCUACUGAGGGGACGAGAAUGUCCCCAGGGCUCGGCCCAUUCCUUGGGCAGCCUGAGCCUCAGGUCCUCCCUGGGCAGCCUGGACCAGCACCAGGGCUCCCGGGAGACCCUCAUUCCCCCCAGGCCCUGAAGCCCGCACCUGGGAGCCAGCAAGACCAGUGCUGGGGACAGGUUGCUGGAGGGAGAAGGCUGCCCACUGCGGCAGCCUCGUCGUCAGCAGCUAAAUGGAUGGUCAGGAGCCCCCAGACGUCGGGAGGAAGCAGAUUGACGGGCCCGUCUCCCCCCCAGACCAGGCGCAGUUAGAGGGAGAUCGUCCCGUCCUUCAGGCUGGCCGGGUCAGUACAAGGGUCUGGCUGGCGUGAGGCCAACCCCAGCAGGACAUUAAAGUGUCCCGGCCUGUGACACGGGCCCCUGGC